AUGCAAGGACAAUUUAUUAAAGAGUCUACUUUUAUUAAAACAGAGAAAACUUGGAAAGAACCAAAGAAAGAUUUUAGAACAGUUAGAAAUCAACAAGUUUAUCAACAAGGAAUAUUAUUAGCUUUAUUAAAUCAAUACUUUGAUAUAGAAAUUAGAAAACCAUUAAAAAAGGCUCAUUCAUUUGAACAAUUAAUAAGAAUUCAUAGAUUAAUUAUUGGCUCAGAAAUUAUUGAUGUAGAAAAGUUUUGUGACCGUAGGUGUAAAGAAAAGUUUCAAAAGGAUCUUCGUAAAGGAAUUAAUGAAAAAACUGCAAAAAGGAGAUUAGAAAAUAUCAGAAUUGUUGAAAUGGUUUUCUUAUUAAUGGAUAUUUUAACAGAACUUGGAUAUCUUUUUGAUACUUCGUGCACUAAAGGAAAGAAAGGAACUGUUAAAUAUGAAAGAAUUCAAAAUAUCUUUUAUUGUGGUAAAAAAGUUUACAAUUAUAAUCACUUUAUUACUAUUGGAAAAUCUGUCAAUUCUUAUUUGUUAUUAUCUUUAUCCAACCAAGAUUCAUUUUAUUGGAAAAGAGGAACUGGAUGUCCAGAGAUCUCUUGA